CCGCCGAAAUUGAGCUGAAUGCGUUACUACUCAUUCCUCACAGUUUCCAAAAGUGAUCCUUCUUCGUCUCUCUCUCUCUCUCUCUCUCUCUGUGCAGUGGCGGUGAUCAGAAGUCGAGGAAUCGAGAUUGGAGCUUCGAAAAUGGCGGAUGUACCUACGCCCGUCUCCCCGUCUCGCACCACAUGCAGCUCCCUCCUCCACGAACUGCAGAUACUGUGGGACGAGAUUGGUGAGAAUGACGGCGAGAGGGACAAAAUGCUUCUGCAGCUGGAGCAGGAGUGCCUUGAUAUCUACCGGAGGAAGGUGGAGAAAACCAGAAAGCACAAGGCAGACUUGCAUCAGUCCUUGGCCGAAUCUGAAGCUGAAAUUGCCAAUCUCAUUACUGCUCUUGGAGAGCGAACAUCUUUCUCUCGGGUAAAAGGUACCCUCAAGGAGCAACUCGCUGCUGUUAAGCCGGUCUUGGAGGAGUUCAGGUUGAAGAAGAAGCAAAGAAUGAAAGAAUUUUUGGAGACACAAGCACAAAUUGCACGGAUUUGUGCUGAAAUAGCGGGCAAUGGACGCUUCCUGAAUUCCAUUGACCCACCAGUUGACGAGCAUGAUUUGACUUGGAGCAAGUUGAAGGAGCUUAAAUCUCACCUUCAAGAGCUUCAGAGUGAGAAGCUGAUCCGCUUACAGAAAGUGGACGGCGAUAUCCACACCAUCCAUCAGUUGUCAGUGGUGAUGUCGUUUGAUUUCUUUGAGACAGUUAAUGGAAUCCAUACGAGUUUGACUGGUCAAACAGCUAAUCAAUCAAAAAGCAUCAGCGAUUACACUCUUGCUGGCCUGACAAACACAUUACACUCUCUCAAGCAAGAGAAAGAAAAAAGGCUACAGAAGCUUCAAAAAAUCGGCAGCAAACUUGUCGAGCUCUGGGAUCUUAUGGACACCCCUGCCGAGGAGCAGAAAAAAUUUGAUCACAUCACCAGCUUAAUCUCUAGUUCUGUUGAUGAUGUAUCAAAGCCGGGAAGCCUAGCCGUGGAAGUGAUUGAGCAGGCUGAAAUUGAAGUUGAAAGAUUAAAUGUCCUGAAGGCUAGCAAGAUGAAGGAACUUGUAAUGAAGAGACAAAAUGAGCUUGAAGAAAUAUAUAGAGAGGUGCAUAUGGAUGUGGAUAGUGAUUCAGCCCGACAGAUACUCAUCAGCCUUAUAGAUUCUGGUACUGUUGAGCUAUCAGAUCUGCUUGCCAACAUGGACGACCAGAUUGCAAAAGCAAAAGAGCAAGCUUCAAGCAGGAGAGAGAUCUUGGAUAGGAUGGAGAAAUGGCACCAUGCAGCUGAGGAGGAAAGGUGGCUGGAUGAUUAUGAGAAGGAUGAGAAUCGUUAUUCUGCGGGAAGAGGAGCACACAAGAAUCUGAAACGUGCAGAGAAAGCACGGAUCUUGGUCAGCAAAAUUCCAUCCAUGGUUGAAAGCUUAAAAUCAAAAAUUAAAGCUUGGGAAUUGGAGAAAGGAAUUCCUUUCUUGUAUGACAAGGUUCCCCUCUUGCAUAUGUUGGAGGUGUACACGAUCAAGCGGCAGGAGAGAGAGGAGGAGAAACGCAGAUGUCGGGAGCAGAAGAGGCUAAAGGAACAACUGGCCACAGAACAAGAAGCCAUCUACGGUUCAAGGCCCUCAACCAAGAAACCUCUUGGUCCGAGCAUGAAUGCCAAUAACCUCCCAGCCACACCGAUCGCCCGCCGUGGGGCAACUCCAGGGCGUUACGGUCUCUCCAGCGGAAAGGACCGCAGAGAGAGCGGCAGGACCAAUGCUGUGGUCCCCGUCAACUACGUCGCCCUCCCUAAGGAGGAGCCAAACGCCCACGGAAGUUAAUUUCCUCUCUCUAGUUCACUUGUUACCCGCCCGAUCAGAGUCCCUGAGAAGCAAUUCACAAGGAGUGAUAGAGAUUAAGUUCAUGCAUAAUUGGAAGUAUGGAUACACAGAUGUAAAUUGCAUAUAGGUGAUCCGAUCAGACAUUCUUAUUCUUCUGUCUUGGAGAGAGGUUCAUGUAGUACAUAACAUUAAUAACAAUAUAUUUUUUUGGAUAA